CCUCUUUCACCGAACGCAAAAAGGACAAUCUAAGACUAGAGAAGAGAUAAUCGACAUUUCAAGUCAACGACAACGCAUUUCGAUCACAGCUAUCACCAAUAUCUAACCCCGAGAACCUCUGCGGAGGCGGGCAUUCUUUCACCGAAAGCCUUAUAGCGCAGUCAUUGAAACCAGAUAGACAGGCGCUGCCCACAACCAGCUCAUGUUCGGAACUUUUCGUGGCUUCUUAUCUCGCGGUCGGCUACCGAUUCGCACGCACGUCGAUCAAUUUCUCAACAAUGGCCAGUAUGAGGUGAAGCGUGUGCGAAUAAUAGAGCCGGUCCUUAGCAGAGGGCGGAGGCGCUCAAUAUUCUUCUACUUUGGAGUCAUUUACGGCACUUUUGUAUUUCUUCCGGAUGUCCUCAACUUUCUAGACGCCAAUCCGUCCGACAACGACUCGGCCCGGAAUAAAGAAGCCCUGCAGAAAUCGGCCCACACGAUAGGAGCAGCAGAAAAGGACAAGUCAAAAGAUGGAGGUCAUGAUGGCGCUGGGGCGAAUGGAUCCAUAUUCAUACCCCUGGGAUGGACGCGGGAGAAGCCUCCAAGGUUCUAUAAGGCGAGCGAUCCCGAGUGGAAAGCAUUUGCCAAGUUGUCCCGGGAUCCUACCAAAGUGAACAAGCUUCGACGCGACCUAGCACUCCUUGCUUUCAAAGCAGCUGGCCAGAAUCAAACCCUGGCACCAUUCAUGGGUACAGAAUCUCCUCCGAGACUUGGCAGAUUCUGGAUAGACGUAGACUUUCCGGAUGGUCCGCCGCCAGAAUUUGAGCGCAGUGGACUAGAAAUAAGUCCCAACAACAUAUCAUGGACGACCCGCCCCGUGGCUCCGCACAACUACAUGCGUCUAAAACAAGCACUCGUUCCCUUUUCCCUCUUUGCGUCUUUUUACGCAAGCAGCUUCACUCUCAUCACCAUGCACUAUGACCGUUUCAUGGAUCUCUUCCGUCCAUAUCAGCCCACGCAGGACGAGUUCGAGCAAGAACUUGUCAAACUCCAACAACGAAUACGGCAGCAUCACCCGAACGAUACCAGUCCUUUCAGCGAGCAUGGAUCUUCAACUUCUUCUCCAUCUCCAUCUCCUUCUCCUUCAUCUUCACCCUCAUCCUCAUCCUCAUCUCCUCCUUCAACAGACGCAAGUACAAACCCCCUUCUCUCUCCAUCACUACCUCCUCUAAAUCCCUCUUCACCUUCUUCUUCCCCUCUCAACCCCUUUCCCAAACCUCCCUCAACAUCAUCAUCUCAACAAGACGACCAAGACGACGACCGUCCGCCCUGGUUCCCUCCUUCUUCUUCUUCUUCCUCAUACCCUUCCCCUUCUUCCUCUUCCUCCUCCCACUCCAACUCAUCUCCAAACAAUAACGCCGCCCCUGCUCCCCCAGACGGCGAAGAGUGGCCAGACUCCUGGCACAUAGCAAGCAUGUCCAUUGCCGCAUUCAAGCGUACACUGGCACGCACAUGGCGGCCCGUGCAGACAUGGCCGACCCCGGGCUCCGUGCACGUCACCGGCCUCGUCGAAGUCCACGGCGAGCAUGCGACCGUCGUGCUGGACGUGUUUGGCGUGUAUAACGUCAUGCAGAAUAACUAUACGAGCGUGCAUAUGAAGCUGCGCAGAAUGGCGCGUCGGAAACAGAUGCCCCGCGGCGGAUUAUAGUUUCUUUUCCUUUUCUUUCUUCUUCUUUUCUUUUCCCUUUUCCUUAUCCUUGUCCUUUUUCUCCUUUUAUCUUGCAUUCGGGAGGGUCAGCGAGUCUUCUUGUCCUUUUCUUUAUUCUUCUUUUCUUUUCUCUUUUCCUUUCCUUAUACUUGGUCUUUUCUCUUUCAUUUUAGCUUAGGGGG